AUGGAAGCUCAUCGCCAUAUCAAACGCUCCGAUCGUCCUAGUGUGGGCUAUUUGCUGUUCCAGUACCAGAGCGAGCUCACCCGCCGCCAUGCGGAACCCACACGACUCUCACGAACAAAAAUGCACAUCAUCGACGGACUGGUAUCUCGCACCAUUCGACACCUGAAGCACUGCAGCGUCGAGGAGCUGCAGGCCUGCAAACGGGAGCUGGUCUAUAAGGAGCAACUGCGAAAUCAGUUGCACGGCAUGAAACGGAAGAGGAGCUCAUCGCGCAAUAGUAAGACGCCGACCACGCCACCCAAGACCAAGUUGCUGAACGCUUCUAAGCAAAAGUUGUACAUUAUGGGACCUGAGAUAUUCGUUUAA